AUGCCGUCGACAUCUACGUCGUCGACGAUAUCGGCGCCGAACCAUUCGUCGACGUCCUCAUCGGCUCAGCCUACGUGCGCCACUGAGUGUCCUGUGCAACGCAUCUCUCCAAUGUACUCUUCUCUGAUUAAUCCGGUUGUCUCGCUGCAACCGAGCAGACGUGUGAAGACAUUGUACGCUUGCACACCGGAUCAUGAAUCGGAAUUGUCAUUUCAACCAGGACAAAUCAUUACAAACGUGUACGAAUCGAAAGAAGAAGGUUGGCUGGUCGGUACACUAAACGGGAAGACCGGUCUAAUUCCUUGCAACUACGUGGAGCCAUUACCAUAA